GUUUGUAGAAAGCACAAUACAAUCAUCAAUUAAUUAAUAGGCUCUUCACAAUGCUUCCAAAGUUGUUCUUCAUCGUUAUUUGUACACUAAUUUCCUCCUUCACCUUCACCAAUUCUCAUACCCAAUGUCUUCACCAUCAGAAAACCUUGUUGCUUCAACUCAAAGAUGAAUUGAACUUCAAUUCCUCUCUUUCAACAAAAUUGGUGCGAUGGAAUGAAAGUGAUGAGUGCUGCAAGUGGCUCGGUGUGGAAUGUGAUGCUGCUGGCUACGUCGUUAGUUUGCAGCUCGAUAAUGAGUCCAUUUCUGGUGGAAUCGCGGAUUCAUCGAGUCUCUUCAAACUUAUGGAUCUGCAGAAGCUAAAUCUAGCCUCCAAUGAUUUCAACAACACUCCCAUUCCGAAAGGUAUUCACAAUCUCACGUAUUUGACGCACUUGAAUUUAUCCUAUGGUUAUUUUGGUGGGCAGGUUCCACUCCAGCUUUCCUUCUUGAGGAGAUUGGUUUGUCUCGAUAUCUCCCAUGAGUAUUCGGAAUCUCCAAGUCUUGAGCUCCCAAAUUUGGAGAUGCUUGUCCAAAAUCUAACAGGGCUUAGAGAGCUCUAUCUUGGUGGUGUCAAUGUUACUUCCUCUGAUGAGAAGAGAAACUGGAUCCACAUUAUAUCAUCAUAUUUACCCAACCUCACCACCUUGAGAUUGACUCGUUGUGGUUUGUCUGGCCCUUUAGCUAAGUCCUCUGGGCAACUCCAUUCCCUUUCCUUCCUUCGACUAGAUAUGAACGAUCUUGGAACAGAACUUCCAGACUUGUUCGCCAAUUUUCCAAGUUUGACCACUUUGUCUCUUUUUAAAUGCGGUUUGAAGGGUUCGAUUCCACCCACCUUUGCUAACCUAACCAACCUGAUUGAUCUAGACUUGUCAGGCAAUUCAUUCUCUGGUAAUAUUCCCCACUCUCUCUUUGCUAACCUAACCAACCUGAUUCGUGUCAAUCUGGCAUAUAACUUCUUCACAGGCUCACUUUCUUCUACGCUGUUUGAAGGUCUUUCCAAUCUUGUUUAUUUAGAUUUCAGGAGAAAUUCAUUCUCUGGCAAUAUUCCCCACUCUCUCUUUGCUCUUCCCUCAUUGUUGGAACUUGAUCUUAGUGGCAAUAAGUUUAAUGGCACUUUGAAACUAGACAAAUGUCAAAACCUUGCGAAUCUAACCCGACUUGAUCUAUCUUACAAUAGAUUGUCGGUAGAUGUUGGCAACGUUGAUUCAACUUCAUAUGGAAGUCUGCAACUAAAAGAGUUAGGACUAGUUUCUUGUAACUUGUCCCAUUUUCCUAAUUUCAUCAGACAUUUGGAUAUGCAACAAGUGGAUCUAUCAUACAAUCGGAUUGGUGGGGAGAUACCUAAUUGGAUUUGGGGAACACAACUUGUGAUUUUGGAUCUCUCUUUUAAUCUUCUAACAGAUCUGCAAAAGCCUUACCAUAUCCCUGCUUCUCUUCGAAUUCUAUCCUUGGACUCUAACCAGCUCAAGGAUGAGUUGCACCUGCCCAUUCCACCUGCAUCUCCAAUCUGGUACUUAUCUCUUGCUAAUAACAGUUUAAAUGGAUCGAUUCCAACCUCCCUUUGCAGUCCCACGAACCUUGUUCUUGAUUUGUCGCGCAAUAGAUUAAGUGGCAGCAUACCCCCUUGCUUACUUGAAAACAUUUUAGAGUUAGAUCUAAGCCAAAACAACAUCAGCGGCAGCAUUCCAGAUAAUUUUCCUAUGGAUUGUAACCUACGAUAUUUGGAUCUCAACAAUAACACUUUAGAAGGGAAAAUCCCAAAGUCCCUUGAAAGAUGCGAGCAGUUGCAGUUCAUGAAUGUUGGGAACAACAACAUCACUGACAGUUUCCCGUGCAUGCUAUCAUCAUCCAGGUGGUUGCAAGUUCUUGUUUUGCGCUCCAACAAAUUCCAUGGAGAGGUGAGAUGUCAUGACAAGAGCUGGUCAAAGCUUCAAAUUCUAGAUAUAUCUUCCAAUCAUUUCAGCGGAAAUCUGGAAUCAAUCAACUUUUCUAGUUGGAAGACAAUGAUGCUACAGGGUAAUGAAGAAUUGAGGUACGGCAAUACAGACUUUUUCUCACAAUUGGGGUUUUCAUUAACAUUAAUCAUGAAAGGGAUAAAUUCAGAGUAUCGCAAGAUUUGGUCAGAGUUUGGUACCAUUGAUUUCUCUUGCAAUAAUUUCGGAGGAGACAUACCAAAUGCAAUUGGUGAUCUUACCUCACUUCAUCAGCUCAACUUCUCCCACAAUGCCCUCAAUGGAAGCAUCCCAAACUCAUUUGGUCGGUUGAGGAAUCUGGAAUCACUCGACCUCUCUGGAAACCGACUCACCGGGCCAAUACCGGUGGACCUUGCAGGCCUCACAUUCCUUUCAUUUUUGAAUCUGUCCUACAAUAAGCUGGUUGGAGAGAUCCCAAAUGGGCGUCAGUUACAAACAUUUUCAGCUGAUUCCUUCAAAGGGAAUGCGGGGUUGUGUGGUUUCAAUCUCAACAUAAGCUGCAGUCAUAUUGAUGGCAGUGAUCAUUUGUCGCCAGAAGAAGAUGACAAUGGGGAAGAAAAGAGAGAGAUAGAGUGGGAAUACGUAUCUGCUGCACUUGGGUAUGUUGUGGGCUUAGGAAUCAUUGUGUGGCUACUUUUAUUCAGCCGAAGCUUCAGAGAGAAAUACUUUGGAAAAGUGGAAGAGGUGUUUGAAGAUAUAUGCGAUGCCAGAAUCAGAAGAAAGGGAAGAAGAAGACAUGCAAGAAGAGUUAUCAGGAAUCAACUGAGAAGACAAUAGUGUUGGCAUUGCUAUUUGUAUUUGGUUUCUUUAUGCUUAUGUGUGGUCUGAUAUUAUUUAAGUAUUUUGGUUUAUGCACAAGAUAUCGGUGGUAUAAUACUAUUACAACUUUGGCA